AUGCCGGUCCAGGCCCACCUAGACCGUCAUCUUCAGCUGUUCUGUAAAACAGUUUGUAUUUCUCGGUGUGCGUUGAAGCAUUUUAAACCCAUCUUCCUGAACACAAUUGACCCAUCUCACCCCAUGGCAAAGCUGAGCAGAGCCGCCAAUACCCAGAAAUGCAUCCGGGCUGGGGGCAAACACAAUGACCUGGACGAUGUGGGCAAGGAUGUCUAUCAUCACACCUUCUUCGAGAUGUUGGGCUCUUGGUCUUUUGGAGAUUACUUUAAGGAAUUGGCAUGUAAGAUGGCUCUGGAACUCCUCACUCAAGAGUUUGGCAUUCCCAUUGAAAGACUUUAUGUUACUUACUUUGGCGGGGAUGAAGCAGCUGGCUUAGAACCAGAUCUGGAAUGCAAACAGAUCUGGCAAAAUUUGGGGCUGGAUGACACCAAAAUCCUCCCAGGCAACAUGAAGGAUAACUUCUGGGAGAUGGGUGACACAGGCCCCUGCGGUCCUUGCAGUGAGAUACACUACGACCGGAUUGGUGGUCGGGAUGCCGCACACCUUGUCAACCAGGACGACCCUAAUGUGCUGGAGAUCUGGAACCUUGUGUUCAUCCAGUAUAACAGGGAAGCUGAUGGCAUUCUGAAACCUCUUCCCAAGAAAAGCAUUGACACAGGGAUGGGCCUGGAGCGACUGGUAUCAGUGCUGCAGAAUAAGAUGUCCAACUAUGACACUGACCUUUUUGUCCCUUACUUUGAAGCCAUUCAGAAGGGCACAGGUGCCCGACCGUACACCGGGAAGGUUGGCGCUGAGGAUGCUGAUGGGAUUGACAUGGCCUACCGGGUGCUGGCUGACCACGCUCGGACCAUCACUGUGGCACUGGCUGAUGGUGGCCGGCCUGACAACACAGGGCGCGGGGGAGAUGCAUUUCCUGAACUGAAGAAGGACCCAGACAUGGUGAAGGACAUCAUUAAUGAAGAAGAGGUGCAGUUUCUCAAGACUCUCAGCAGAGGGCGUCGCAUCCUGGACAGGAAAAUUCAGAGCCUGGGAGACAGCAAGACCAUUCCCGGAGACACUGCUUGGCUCCUCUAUGACACCUAUGGGUUUCCAGUGGAUCUGACUGGACUGAUUGCUGAAGAGAAGGGCCUGGUGGUAGACAUGGAUGGCUUUGAAGAGGAGAGGAAACUGGCCCAGCUGAAAUCACAGGGCAAGGGAGCCGGUGGGGAAGAUCUCAUUAUGCUGGACAUUUACGCUAUCGAAGAGCUCCGGGCACGGGGUCUGGAGGUUACAGAUGAUUCCCCAAAGUACAAUUACCAUUUGGACUUCAGUGGUAGCUACGUAUUUGAGAACACAGUGGCUACAGUGAUGGCUCUGCGCAGGGAGAAGAUGUUCGUGGAAGAGGUGUCCACAGGCCAGGAGUGUGGAGUGGUGCUGGACAAGACCUGUUUCUAUGCUGAGCAAGGAGGGCAGAUCUAUGACGAAGGCUACCUGGUGAAGGUGGAUGACAGCAGCGAGGAUAAAACAGAGUUUACGGUGAAGAAUGCUCAGGUCCGAGGAGGGUAUGUGCUACACAUCGGAACGAUCUACGGUGACCUGAAAGUGGGAGAUCAGGUCCGGUUGUUUAUUGAUGAGCCCCGACGAAGACCCAUCAUGAGCAACCAUACAGCUACGCACAUUCUGAACUUUGCCCUGCGCUCAGUGCUUGGGGAAGCUGACCAGAAAGGCUCACUGGUUGCUCCUGACCGCCUUAGAUUUGACUUCACUGCCAAGGGAGCCAUGUCCACCCAACAGAUCAAGAAGGCUGAAGAGAUUGCUAAUGAGAUGAUUGAGGCAGCCAAGCCCGUCUACACUCAGGAUUGCCCCCUGGCGGCGGCAAAAGCCAUCCAGGGCCUACGGGCUGUGUUUGAUGAGACCUAUCCUGACCCUGUACGAGUCGUCUCCAUUGGAGUCCCGGUGUCUGAGCUGCUGGAUGACCCCUCUGGGCCUGCCGGCUCCCUGACUUCUGUUGAGUUUUGUGGGGGAACGCACCUGCGGAACUCAAGUCACGCAGGAGCUUUUGUGAUCGUGACGGAAGAAGCCAUCGCCAAGGGUAUCCGGAGGAUCGUGGCUGUCACGGGUGCGGAAGCCCAGAAGGCCCUCAGGAAAGCAGAGAGCUUGAAGAAAUCUCUCUCUGUCAUGGAAGCCAAAGUGAAGGCCCAGACUGCUCCAAACAAGGAUGUGCAGAGGGAGAUCGCUGACCUUGGAGAGGCCCUGGCCACUGCAGUCAUCCCCCAGUGGCAGAAGGACGAAUUGCGGGAGACUCUCAAAUCCUUAAAGAAGGUCAUGGAUGACCUAGACCGAGCCAGCAAAGCCGAUGUCCAGAAACGAGUGUUAGAGAAGACAAAGCAGCUCAUCGACAGCAACCCCAACCAGCCCCUCGUCAUCCUGGAGAUGGAGAGCGGUGCCUCAGCAAAGGCCCUGAAUGAAGCCUUGAAGCUCUUCAAGACACACUCCCCUCAGACGUCUGCCAUGCUCUUCACGGUAGACAACGAGGCUGGCAAGAUCACGUGCCUGUGUCAAGUCCCCCAGAAUGCAGCCAAUCGGGGCUUAAAAGCCAGCGAGUGGGUGCAGCAGGUGUCAGGCCUGAUGGAUGGUAAAGGUGGUGGCAAGGAUGUGUCUGCACAGGCCACAGGCAAAAACAUUGGCUGCCUGCAGGAGGCGCUGCAGCUGGCCACUUCCUUCGCCCAGCUGCGCCUCGGGGAUGUAAAGAACUGAGCGGGGGAAAGAGGUGGCUCCCACUGGCUCCAUCCGUCCAGCCGGGCGCUCUUCAUCUGCUACAAGAACAUUUGAAUCCUGGGACCUUUUGAGAGCCCCUCCUACCCCGGCAGUACCUGGAACACCCUCACGAGCAGUCCUGUGACUCAGCGCCCCUUAUACUUCUGCCCUGAGCCCUCCACGUCAGUGCCAUCUGUCGAGAACCACUACCCCCGCAUUGCUGUUGAUCACCACACUCGCAUCUGUAGAUAACAGCUCUCCAGCCUGAGCUUUCCGUGUCAGCAAGGACGAAUCGUUUUUUGCUGCAGAGAAUAAAAGGACCACGUGCAAUACUUAAUGCCGUAUGAUCUCUAUCCCUCUUCCCAGGUGGGGCUCGCUGUUUUGACAGCCCUUGGCCCCUGGUGUCUGUAGAAUAAAUGCUGUGGCUUCUACUG